GAUGAUGGCAGUGAGGAUGCAGAGGACUACGACUUGCCGGACGACUACCAGGAGGGAGACAGCAAAGAGGAUGAUGAGGAUGACGAAGAUGAAGGAGAGACACAGAAGGAGGAGGAGGAGGAAGAGCCCAAGUAUGAUGAGGAAACACAGAAACUUGUUGAUGCUGCCAAUGAAGCCCGGGAGCAGUUUGAUGAGGCAGACCGGAGGGUGAGGGACCUGACUAGAGAACUGCGGUCCCUUGAGGAGACGCAAGGCAAAGAUUAUGGCCCAGAGGAGGAGUUCAGGGUCCUGGAGGGCAACUGUUAUGAAUUCACUGACCGGGAAUACACCUACCGCCUGUGCCCCUUUGACAAGGCCAUACAGAAGCCCAAAUCAGGCCACGGGGAGACACGGCUUGGGCAGUGGGGUGAGUGGACUGGGCCCGAGGGAAACAAGUAUAGCCGGAUGCUGUACUCCAAUGGCCAGGCGUGCUGGAAUGGCCCCACCAGAUCUGCUGAUGUCCACAUAUCAUGCGGCACUGAAAACAAGCUAACGGCAGUGUCAGAACCAAACAGGUGCGAGUAUGUGUUCCUGUUCAGCUCACCUGCCAUUUGUACAAAGUCAGAAGAGGACCUGAGUGAAGAGGGCACCCAGCACAGCCACACAGAGUUGUAGGGAUGGCUCAUGGUGUCGUCCUAGGCUGUGUGCCCAACUUCUCCGUGUGUGUGUGUGUGUGUGUGUGCUUUUUUUUUACGAGUGCAUCUGGGAUAUUCCAACAGUGACUUUUAUAUGUGAUGUAUUAGGUGGAAGAUUACUUAGUAGUGUUGUGUAAGUUUCUGUUGUAGUUUAUAAAUUGUAGAAUUGUGAUAAUUUUUGUUAGGCUAUUUGGUUGAUGUCUUGAUUACAGUCCAGAAUUUUUGUAGGUUCAUCCAUCAAAGGAUUAUAUACCACCUACGUAAGACAUUGCAAUGGAUGUUCUGAUUCACUGAGUUGCAAUAAUAAUGUUAGGAGAAAUAUUUUUGCAGUCUAGCUCUCUUUUUGGAGGGCUCAAGUGUAAAUUUGAUACUCAAUAAGAAACUUUGGAAUAUAAGAAUAAAUGUGAUCACUAAGUGAUGUUAAAGAUAUAAUACUGCUUAAUUCAAACAUAAAGACAUCCAGUCAUACUUGUUAUUUGUUGGUAACAGCACAAUAUAUUUAACAGUCCA